GGUCACGUGAACAGAAUUGACCCAAUCAGCGCGCUGUCAGUGUCCUCGCGGUUUUCAUUCAAAUCUACAGAGACGGAUGCAGACGUUCACGAGAGACUACAACGGUAAAUAAAUAAAUAAAAUAAAAUAUCAAAUAAAAUAAAUACAUACAUUUGUUAUUUAUGGGUUGUUCUGCCUAGAUAUUGCUUAUGAAAGGGCAAGAAAAUAAUGCAACUACUGUAACUAACUGUGACUAAUUCUUUGUUCACAGGAAGACGAAUCCUCUGGUUAGCAACUAGCUCUGGGGAACAGCCUCGUUUCUUUUAAGUCAGUGCCUGCUGGGUAAUUACAGUUGCCCACCUCACACAGACCUGUGAGAUAAGCAGCAUAAGGUACCUUUUCUAGUCAGUCACCGAUAGUGCAGUCCACUGCCGCCAGCUGACAAUGGCAGAGGGAGAGGUGGAGUGGGAGUUGUGCAAAGAGAACAUCCAGCCUCUGAGACGUGGCCGAGACAUCUCCGCCCUGCAUCAAGCACUCAGUCAGCAGCAAGAGGGCACCACUAGUGCAAUCAACCAACAAAAACAAGCCUACGAGUUAGAGCUUCGGAUGUAUGAUGGAGAUGACCCUCUUGAUGUCUGGGAUAGGUACAUAAAAUGGAUAGAACAGACUUACCCGCAGGGUGGUAAGGAGAGCGGUUUGAAUCUUCUUCUGGAACGAGCAGUCAUGAAGUUUACCGAAGAAAAAAAGUACCACAACGAUUCCCGUUAUGUCAACCUUUGGAUCAAAUUCACAGAAAGCUGUCCUGAUCCGUUAGAUGUCUACCGGUACAUGCAAGCUCAGGGAAUAGGGACGUUGCAGGCGUCUUUUUACAUCGCCUGGUCUGAAGAGUACGAGAAAAGGGGAAACUCACGGAUGGCCGACAGCAUAUUCCAAGAAGGUUUCAAGUGCGGGGCUGAAUCUCUAGACAGAUUACAGCAAUUUCACAAGGCUUUACAGGCACGUGUGUGUAGGCAGAUGAUGACAUCAGUGAUUGAUCAGGAAACAGAUGAUGAGCCUGACGAGCCUCAGAGGGCUUCACUCAAUGAGCUGAAAGCCAAGGGAAAGAAAAAAGCUGUUGCUCCUAUCAAUAGGGUGACUGGAACUGUUGGCUAUGCCAGGGGUCUGCAGUUUAAACAACCAGUUGGGCCAAGUCAGAACAGUCGACUCACGAUAUUUGAUGAGAAUAAGGAGCACCCUGAGCCUCAGGAACACAAAUUAGAAAGUUGGGCAGCCCGUCCAACUGCUAAGGCCAAGGAGAAUGAACAGAAACCUGACAAAUGGACCAAUGUUAAGUUGCCACAGAAGUCCAGGUUUGGACAUAGUGUCGUCGCUCCACCACCAAAGCCAAAUUUCCAGCCCUUUGUGGAAGAGAGUGAUCAGCCUCCUGUGGUAACUCCAUGUAAGAUCAACCCAGCAGUGAACAAUGUACUUUCAGCACGGAGGCCACGUCGUGAGGAGCAAACGCCACUGAAGAGGCUACAAGAGAUGCAGCUCCAGCAGGAAGAUGAGGACAAAAGUGGAGAGAAGAGCAUGUAUUGCAAGGAGCUGCUUCUCAGCGGGGUCACUGAGUUUUCCUUUGAAGAGCUGCGUGCUGAGCGAUACCGCCAGAAACGCAGCCAGAGACUGGAAGCUGACAGUAUUGAAGCAAACAACCAAGAAGAACCACAUACUAGUCAAAAGGACUGACGAGAGCAAAUCGUCACGUCCAUGAGCUAGAGUCAGUGUUUGUUUUCAUGUUGUUGUACCUAAAGAAGUAGAAUCUGAGAAGUCUUGCAAAAUGUGAUAUUUGUGCUGUGAUUGAACGUGUCCAAUAAUUGAGUACCUGAAACCUUCUCCUUCAAAUAUACUAUGUAUACUGAUACUUGUACGUGUAUACAGGUUUCUAUUUCUAUAGUUGUUCUUAUCCAUGUGAUUUUGUACAUAUUUCUUUUUAUAUAUAAAACUACUCUCAGUAUCUUGUGUUGCAUUAGCAAUUAUGUUCAAGUAUUGUCUCCAAUGUAAACUUUUUCAGUGGGGGAAAUAAAUAUUGAACACGUCAAGUCAAGAUAUUUCCAAUGAGGCUAUUUACAUGAAAUUUGCACCAGACAUCAGUAUUAACUCAAGAAAUCCAGAAAUAUGAAGAAUUCACAACAAUAAAGUCCAUAAAUGAAGUUGUGUAAUAAAGAGGAAUGACACAGGAAAAAAGUAUUGAAAACGCUA